GCCCGCGGGCCGGUGUGUGGGAUCGCGUCUCGGUGGAGGUUGGUCCCCGCCUCUUCGCCGCCUGGAAAGUCUCCCCGGACCUGGAAGCCGGGCACCCACCUUUGUGAGGAGCCGUAGAAAUGUCGACAGAGGCGCAGACGUCAAAGAGUCUUUUGGCGUCCUUCAGUUCCCUGCAGGAAGAUGAGCCCGACCUUCGUAAAGCUGAAGCAGCUUCCGAAAGUCAGCUGGAAAAGAAGACGGAAUCUUCAAGCCCGUCACUAGCCAGCCUGCCGGCUGCUGCCACAGGAUUCUCUGUUUCUCCAAGAAGCCAGAGUCAGGAACCACUGGCCAAGUCCCCAUCUACUGACACAGAACUCUCUGACUCUUUUCCAAAAAGCCAGAUUUGGGAAGCGUUGGAUAAAUCCCUGUCUUCCAACACAAAUCUCUCUGAUUAUAUUUCAAGAAACCAAAAUUUAGAACCACUGGUCGAAUCCUCCUCUUCUGACACAGGACUCUCUGAUUCUUUUCCAAGAAGCCAAGUCUGGGAAGCCCUGGGCAUGUCCCCAUCUACCGAUACAGAACUCUUAGAUUCUCUUGCGAGAAGCCACACGUGGGAACCCUUGUCUCUGCCACCCUGGGUUUCCGAUACCCAGCUUCUGAAGGACCGGAUUGCUAAGGCUGAAGCUUGGGAGGCUUAUGCCUGGGUGGCCCAGAGAAAGAUCAGCCAACCCAGGCAGAGUUCCACAGUGGACCUGCCACUUGCCCCAGUCAUAAAAAAUAAACGGUCCUUUGGGGCCAUCCCGAAGGUCAAGAAGACAAAGGCCUUCGAGCGUCCGCUGUGGUCCAACAAGUUUGAAUACAUCCUGAUCCAGCUGGGAAACACGCUGAGGCCUAUUAACUUCUUCCGCUUCUCCUCCCUGUGGAUCAACAACGGGAGCUGCAUUUUCCUCAUCAUCUACGUUUUCUUGAUGUUCCUGGUUGGACUUCCUCUCCUCUUCCUGGAGAUGUCAGUGGGUCAGAAGGCCAAGCACGGCGGCAUCGCCACGUGGAGGGAGAUGAGCCCCUGGAUCGGCGGUCUGGGCUACUCUUGCAUCAUGGUUUGCUUCAUCACCAGCUUGUACUUGAACGUGACCAACAGCUGGGUCCUCGCCUACCUGGUCCAGUCCUUCCAGCACCCGGUCCCAUGGGAGAAAUGCCCCUUGCUGAAGAACUCCAGUGACUUCGACCCUGAGUGUGUGCACACGACACCCUCCACGUUCUACUGGUACCGCGUGACGCUGAAGGCCUCAGACAGAAUCGAGGACGACGGGCCCCCAGCACUCAGCCUCAUCCUGCCCCUGUUCGCCACCUCCAGCUUCUUGUGCAUCUGCGUAAUCAGCGGCGUCAAGUACACCGGCAAGGUGAUGUACGCCUUCAUCCUCCUACCCUGCCUCAUCCUCAUCAGCUUCUGCACUUGGAGCAUACUGCUGAAAGAAGGGGUGAUCGUGCGUCAGUUUCUGUUAGACGCCAACAUCUCGGCCAUCUACAACAUCAACGUGUGGUACCAUGCGGGGAAGCAAGUCUUGUUCACGCUGAGCCUGGGCUUUGGCUCCGCCGUCUCCAUCUCCUCCCACGCGAAGCCCUACACUAACAGUUUCAGCGACGCGCUCAUCGUGGUCAUGAUCAGCCUGACCACCACGAUACUCUCCACAGUGUUCAUCCUCGGGACCCUGGGCUUCUGGGCCACGGUCAUCAUACACCGCUGCCAUGAGAAGAAUGCUGAAACGAUCACAGAUUUGGUCAUCAAGGGCAAGCUUCCUGCUGAGGCCCUGCCUCCUGAGUACCUGAACGACAACCCGACCCAGGUCUUCACCUCUUGGUUUAACAACCUCCCCCAGAGCACCAGGGACCUGGUCCUGAACUUCCUGACAGAGUGCAGCUUGGAGAAGCAGCUGGAAAAGGUCGGGGACGGCCCAAGCUUCGCGUUCCUGGUGUUCACUGAGGCCAUGUCAUUCAUCCCCGGCUCCGUCUUCUGGACCAUCCUCUUCUUCGUGUUCCUGUUGUCGGUGGGACUGAGCUACCUGGUCGCCAUCACACAGGCCAUCAUCACCACGCUCCAGGACACCUUUGCCACUUCCAGGGACUGUACGAAGCUGCUCUCCGUCAUCAUCUUUCUGCUCCUGUUCCUGUGCGGCCUCUUCUUCAUCCGCCCUGCGGGCAUCUACUACCUCAGGCUACUGAGUGAGUACUGGGCCAUCUUCCCCGUGACCGUCAUCAUGAUACUGGAAACCGUGGCUGUGGUCCAGGCCUUAGGGGUCCAGAGGUCAGGCCCCAGAGGCCCUCCCAGCAGCUCCGGGCGCUUUUUUCCCAGGCUUCUCGGCAACAUACCGUUUCCCUGCCAGCACCCCGUCUCCUACUUCUGGAUGUGGUACUGCCUGAUUCUUGUUCUGCUGCUCAGCCUGCUGGUGAUGUCUCUGAUUCGCCUGUACCAUUACCCCAUGACCUACGUAGCCUGGGACUCCAAAACCUCCACCAAGGUGGUCCGAGACUUCCCCCUGGUGUACGUGUUCUCCCUGGCCGGCCUCUUCACCAUCGUCGUCCUCCCAGUCCCCGGUUACUUCAUAUACUGCCUCAUCCAGGGCAUUCCCUUCAACCCUUCCAUCGGGAGAGACUCCUCGGCGUCCCUCAGAAGCCUGACCCGAGGCAUCAAGCAGCCUUUCAAAUUCAUGCAGAGGAAGAAAGUGCUCAGUAUCAGCCGGGACAACGGGACAACGUGACUUCCUAACCGGGUCCUUCCUUGGCUCACAGGGUCUGGUUGUUAAAACCUCCCUCCCCACGAGGCCAUACCUUCCCUUGUGGUGUCCUCUCCCCAGCCCCCCAGCUUCAGUCGUACAGCCGCCCAGCUCAGCAGGACGCGGCCUCCCAGACCCAGAGCUCCAGGGGCGGGCGAGUCGCCACCCAAUAAAUGAGUUGUUGGAACCUGGACUCCUUGUGAGCAGAUUGUGUGUUCUGUCCCCCACUUCCCCCAAUUCUUUCUUUUUUCUUUUUUCUUUUUUUAAGAGAGAGAAAUUGAGAGGGAAGGAGGAGAUAGAGAAGAAAGAGAAACUCCUGCAACUCUGCUUCACCCCUCGUGAAGGUGAGGUUGGGGCGCUUGAACCUGGGUCUUUGAGCAUGGUAAGAGCUGCACUCAACUGGGUGCAUCGCUAACUCGGCCGCUAAGAACUGGUUUUAGAGAGAGACGCCAAGCUAUCUGUGCACUGAGUGUAGUUUGCAGAAACCGCACAUUUGGGGGGAACUGGAUGAGGUGCAGCUGGUGAAGCGUCAUUGCCAUACCA